AUGGCGGCAAACGCAAACCCUGAGUCCCCAGAGAUGGACAAAAUCGCCCUCGGCAAGAAGAUGACUGGCAAAUUCCUAGGGGAGGAGUUUUAUCAGAAGAUUUUGUCCAGCAUGAAAGACGACAUCUUUUCCAAGACCAGCAUGGAAUACAUCUGGGAGACCUGCUUUUCCAGCUAUGCGCGGCCUGGUCUAGAGUUCCGGGAACGAUCCCUGAUGAACAUUGCAAUGCUCAUCGCCUUGAAUCGGGCGCCUGAGCUACGGAUCCAUAUUCGAGCAGCGGUACACAACGGAUUGACCGAGGAGCAGAUCUGUGAGGCGUGUCGGCACGCCAUGAUAUACUGCGGGGUCCCGGCCGGACGGGAUGCGAUGGGAAUUGCGAGCGAUGUAUUUGCUCAACUCCGAGAAUCGGGCGAGUAUCCAAAGUGA